GGACCUUUUGUCUUUGUUCUGUGGCUCGAAGUCCUGGUAAAUUUGUUUAAGAAUUACGUAUAUGUAUUGUGUUUACAUGCUUUCUUUUGGCCUUAAUGUUAGAAAGGUGUUUACCAGCCUGUAGCGGCCCUUUAAAAUGGGUGUGUAAUGGUUUAUACGGGACAUUUUCAGUGUUAAAUCCUACGCGAUGAGCACCUAAUCUGUAAAGUCGCCGCUUCGCAGCUGAAAAUCAACAAAGGUGUGUUGCCUUUGAAUGGGGAAAAUGUGCAAUGGAAAGAUAAAGUCUAUUCCAAAUGCUUUUGGGGCCCAAACCUCACCCACCAAAAUAGCCUUCUUGUUGCUGCUAGUACUGACUGUACUUUCUACUGGACAAGGCUCAGGAUGUAUGAGGCCGUACAUGGUCCAGAACAGCUGGGUCAACCUCACCGAGACCAACAGGGGCUCCUUCCCAGUGGGCACAGUUCUGCAGUAUAGCUGUGAUCCCGGCUAUCUCCCAGAUGGACCCAGUAUUCUCACCUGCACUGCGUCAGGACGGUGGUCCUCUGAGCCCCCUCAGUGCAUACGCAGUGGCGCAUGUCUACCCCUCUCUAAACCGGAAAACGGGGGUUACAUGUGCCACCCAUCCCCGUGUCGACUCUUUUCCCAUGGCACCAUUAUUGAAUUCUUAUGUAAUGAGGGCUUUACUCUGAGUGGAGAUUACCCCUACUUGACGUGUCAAGAUGGACAGUGGGACGGUCCGGUGGAGAUCAGUUGUGUAAGCAAAGGUUGUAUAAGACCCUCCAUGGUACAGCAUGGCUCGGCUAAUCUGACAGACACCAACACCAACUUGUUCCAUGUGGGAACUGUACUGCAGUACAACUGUGACGCUGGGUACCUGCUAGCCGGACGCAGCAUCCUCACCUGCACCACUCUGGGAGACUGGUCCUCCCCACCUCCUCGCUGCAUCCGCAGUGAUGCGUGCCCGCCUCCGCCUCAGCCAGAAAAUGGAGGUUACACGUGUCACCCCUCGCCAUGCAGAUGGUUUUCUCACGGCACUGUCAUACAGUAUUACUGCAAUGAAGGGUAUACCAUGAAAGGAGAUUACAAGUUCCGCACAUGCCACUACGGGAAAUGGGAUGACUCGGUGCCGGUCAGCUGCGUCCCCGAACUCGCCAAAGGUUGUAUCAGACCGCUGUUGCUGCACGGCUCAUCCAAUGUGACAGACACGAACAGGAACUUGUUCCCAGUGGGAACAGUGCUGCAGUACAGCUGCGACCCCGGUUACCUGCUGGAGGGAUCCAGCAUCCUCACCUGCACCUCAAUGAGACACUGGUCUGCUGAGCCUCCUCGCUGCACUCACACUGAAGGAUGCCAGCCUCCGUAUCAACUAGAGAAUGGGGGGUACUUGUGUCAUCCCCCUUCAUGCCGAGUGUUUCCUCAUAGCACGGUGGUUGAAUACUUCUGUGAUGAAGGUUAUGUUCUGAAGGGAGACUACAAGUACCUCACCUGUCAGCUUGGACAGUGGAACAGCCAAAUUAAGCUUAGCUGUGUCAUGGAGCAAGACCGUCAUCCGUCUUUGCCUUUGGGAAUGCCAGCUUUAUCCAUAGUCGCCUCCACAGCGAGCUCAGUGGCUCUCGUCCUGCUCCUGGUGGUGCUGUUUGUACUUUUGCAGCCAAAACUUAAGUCCUUUCACCGGCGUGAUCCAGGGGUGUCGGGUCAGCCAGUGUCCAUCAUGGUAGAGGGAGUCCAAGUGACCCUGCCGUCCUACGAGGAGGCUGUGAGUAACAGCAGGUCUACCGCCGUCGGCGCCGAGAAUCGGGUCCACAUUGUGCUGUCUGAGGGUCAGCACGCCAGCGCGCCGGAGGCUGGCCCCUCGAGGCCGUCUAACCUCAAACAGCAUCAAACGGAGGCCGCAGAGACGCAGCCUGCGCUGACGGCAUCUUCCUCCUCGACACCGUCGUCAUCCUCCGCCUGGGCUCUGGACCACGCAGGUGCAGCUGGAGACAGCUCCGCCCACAGAAGACCGUCUGCGGGCAGCGAUCAGCAAAGCCUCUCUCUGGACUCUGAGAUGGACUACUCUGAUGGUCAGUACAUAUUUAUAGAAUUAUUCUGUUUUUGUUUUGUUUGGAGCCUUUAUUUACUAAGAAUAUGAUCUGUUCCUGCCAGAUAUGCCCUUGCUAAAGGAGGCCUGAGACCCGCUGCAGCCUUUGGACUCAUGGUUUGCUUCUCAGCUUUACUGAUGAGCAGGAGAUCAUCGACACCGAUCAGCCCAACACAAAGGCUCCGAUUGAGCUUCAGCUUCACAGUCACUUCUGGAUAGUAAUAGUUCAUCUCCCUAAAUGAGCAGAGAUUCACGUGUACAUACACAUGCGUGCGUUUUUAUAGGCACUCCCCACUGUGCAUACUUUUUUUUUUUUGUUUUAAGAUCUGAAAUGUCUGGAAGGACGAGAUUAGAUGAGAGGAACGAGAGUACACGGUGGAAUUUGUUCUAUAAAGCUGCAAACUCGAACUGGGAUUUCAACCGCCGUCUCGUUUAAAGUUACUUUCCUUCAAUUACAAGAGCUCAUCAGGUAAGAUUUAGUUGCAUGGGGGUCAUAGAGCCCGAAUACUUUAGUUUUUCAUCUUAAAGACCCACUCUGAUCAUCUUUUGAUCGAUUUUAAAAGCGCUCCCAGUGGUCUUUUAAUUAUGAUGAUGCUGUUUUUAGCCAAAAUUUAAAAAAACAAAAAGAUUUGUUUUAUUAGUUUUUGCAGAAUGACUAUUGGUGCUAAGCAACCCUCUCCUCCCUAAGUUACUCAUAACUGAGAGCCAUCUGACUAGAUUACAGCCCCUCACCUAAUAAUAUCAAUGCAACAAAAACGGUGAACUAUGGCUGGAGCUAUCCAGCCACAAACUCGGACGAGAAAAACAAAGAUGUAAAUGGUUCUAGUCCUCUACAAGUGGCUGUAUCGGAAUGGAGCAGAGCAGGGAGAUUGUGGUCCAUCCAUUUUACAUCACUAUUACAAUCUCUCAUAUGGCUUUCACAACAAUUUGAAUAAAGAAAUACUCCAAAACAGAAUGAUUUUCUUCAGAGAUGUCCUCUACUAUCAUAAUAAUGCUACUCGAACAUGUUAAAAACACAAAUUUCAUCGGAGUGGGUCUUUAAGCUUUUAGAUCAACCAUCCCAACUCGUCGAGCAGGUCCGCUUGCACAGUCAUCACAGUUUUCCAAAUCUAUCCCCUCUUGAUGCUCGUCUCCCCCCUCCUUCCCCGAUGGCCUUAGCUUUCCACUUCUAUGCACAGGUGUAUAAAUAAGGAAUAUUUAAAGUGAAUGUGAGUUAAAUGCCUCCACCGCUUAGUAAUACUACGUGUGGCUUUUGUCAAACAUAUCACUUGUAAACAAAGGAAAAUAUUGUCUUGUUAAUUUAUUGAGGCUCCUGAGAAAUUCUCGAUUGAAGUCAAAACUUGUAUGUAAAAUAUUAGUGCCCAGAAUGCUGUUGAUCAGCUUUGGCUUCUUCUAAUGCCUCCACUGUUCAUGGAAAUGAUUCAAUUGUUGGUUUUUAUUUUUGUUUCAUUUCUAUUCUAUUGCAUGUGGGGGAAAGACAUCGGGCACCAAAAAAGUAUUAAGUGUACAGAUUAGCAUAUUGUUCGGUGUUCUUUCCUUUUUUUUUUUUUUGACUGCCUGUUUAUUUUACUAUUUGGAUUGAGUAAUUAUUUUUUGGAUUUGUUCGUGAAGAUAGUAUUUUAAUAUUUAAAAAAAAAGGUUUACAUUGUGUUUAUUCUGUAUAUAUCCCAUCAGUUUGAUUAAAUAUAAUUUGACAUGCCAAA